AUGAUACAUGCCAAAACUGAGCAGGAACAGAGGGCUACCCGAGCAGAGGAGGCCUUAAAAACGACAAGGUGGAAAAAUGCUGCUAAUGCCGAGCGGCUUCAGGAAGAAUUUAAAAAACUCUCAGUUGAAAUGGCCGGUAGGUUUGAUGAGAAUGAAAAGACGACCAUGAAAGCAGUUGCAGAAGCGAAUGACCUGGAGAUGCUAAAAAGAAAUCUCGAAGAAAUGCUCCAGGAAGACAAUGAAGAGCUCAGGCUACUUAAAGAUCAGACUGCGACCGAACGAGAAGACCUUACAUACCAAUUGGAUCUCAACGAAAAAGAAAUAGCAGAAAUGUCAAUGGAACUUGAUGAUAAGACUGCACAACUUGAAUAUGCACAAAAGCAAGAGAAGGAAAGGCAGGAAGUUUUCUCAAAAGAAAUUCAAAUUCUCAAGACUGAGAUCGAGAAACUCGAAGAGCAGAGAAGCCAAUUUUCUGAUCUGGCAAAGCAAAGUGAUGAAACCAAAAAAGUGAAGACGUCAAAUGAAAAAACUGAGAUGCUGAUACAAAGAUGGAAUAAAGAAAGAGAUGAAUUGGAGAGAAAAAUUGCUUCAGCAAAGAAGGAAACAGAGAGGGCACAGAAGCAAUUAAUUAGUACAAGGUCUUUGAAGGAUAAAAAGGAGAUGGUGAUCUCAAAUUUACAGUCAGAAAUGGAGAAUAUUAGAGUGGAGUGUAAUGACUUAAAACAUAGAUUGCUCCGAGAAGAAAGGGAGAAAGAAAAACCGAGAAAACAGGUAUCUCAAUUAAAGAAUGACCUACAAAAGAAGGAAGAAGAAGUCAGCUCUAUACAGAAAGAACUCGAAAGUACUGGUGGUCAAGUGGACAUCACUGCGAGGAGCGGCCACUCUGCCGUGGCGCCUCAAGAAUCCAAAGAUAUCACUAGUUUGCAGAAAAAAAUGAGGUUACUUAAGGAACAGAUAAACCUCAUGGAUGCUGCAUUGAAAUCAUCAGCUAAUUCAGCUCCAGAGAAGGGAAGUAAGCUCAGCAACAUGAUUGAAGAGCUGGAAAACAUCAUGGAACAACUCAAAAUAUGCCAUUGCUCUUCUGCAGAUCAGUGUCAAAAGAUUAGCCAUUCGAAGAAGACCACUGCAGAAGGCAAGCCUUCCUCAACAAUAGCAGUACCAGUUGAAAGAUGGAGUUCUUUGACUGAUCAUUAUAUUUUUCCUGCCAAUGAAAACAACAGUGAUGCAAAUAUUGCCAAAUUGCUAAGUGAAAUGGAAGGUCUUAAGGAGAGUAAUAAAUCUAUGGAGCGUGAGCUUAAAGACAUGGAAGAAAGAUAUUCAGAAAUAAGUCUCAAAUUUGCAGUAGUGGAAGGUGAAAGACAGCAACUUGUAAUAACAGUGAGAAACCUUAAGAACGGCAAGAAGAACUAG